CGGACUUGGAGUUUUUCACCUGGGUUUUGUUUACCAAACUUGAAAUAUUUACCUUAGAGUGUUUGAGGUAAAACAAGACCUGGUUUAGAUUAGAUUACGACAUUUUUUCCAAGUCCAAUGUACAAACUAGUGACCCAAAACUAAUCACAAAUUUUGCAAACAAUGACAAAUAAUUACAUAUCUGUGCGCAAUCACCAUACAUUUCCAGGGUGUUCCGGUUAAUUGAGUGGCAUCAAUUGUUAUCAGAAGAACAAAACCCAUCAAAGAAAAAUGAAGUUUUUUAUCACUUUAGCAACUUUAAUCGUCGCCACACAUGCGAUCGACAAAGAAUUUGUUCAAGAAUUGAGACAAAAAUUGCGAACACAUGUGGAAGCAUGUGCAAAAGAAGUGAACGCUGGGCCAGAUGAUGUUUCCGCACUUUUUGCACACAAACUCCCCACCACUCAUGAAGGAAAAUGCAUUUUCUUCUGUAUGCACAAAAUGUACAAUGCGCAAAACGAAGAUGGUAGUCUCAACAUGGCUGGUGCUUUGGCCAAUUUGGAACUUAUCAAAGACAUGGAUGUUGAUAUUUACAACAAACUUUCAACGUCUUUCAAAAAUUGUGAAAAUGCACCAUUCGACAGUGAUCCGUGCCUUUACGCCGCUAAUAUAGUCACUUGUGUUGUAAAAGAGGGAAGGGCGGUGGGCCUUGACGAAGUCCUAGUGGAGUAAAUUAGUUACAUAACAGUUUGUAAAAGUGAUUAUUAGAAUAAAGCAUUACAAAAAAC